GAAUUUUUCAGCUCGAGUCGAGCUUAUCAUUUAUAUUUUAUUAAUACGUAUCACAAAUUUUAACUCGAUACUUUUUUCUCUUGUGUUAUUACUUAUAAAUUCCUAUAAAUAAUACUGUUUAAUUUCAGAUAUUAAUAGUGUAAAAUAAUUAUUCUAUACAAGUUAUUAUAUUCUUUUCGACGCUGGAAUGUUCUCGAUUAUUGCACCAGGUAAGAAAAAAAGAGUCAGCUAUGUCAUUUGUUAAUUUUCAUAAGAACAAAUUAAUUCCUUAUAAGCUAAAUUCAAUUUCGUUUUGUGUCACCAGAAAUUAAAUUCUAUUUUCGGUUUCAUAGCAUCUGCAUUGCUGGUGUUAAAUCACUUUUAUGAAUAUCAACUACAACCAUGCAAUAUAAUCCAAAAUUGCAUUAUUGUCAAUUGUUAUAAAUAUCAACCCUUGAUAUCAACUACAACGAUAGGUACUUCUAUGGAACCGUAGGCGUUUUGUCUGUCACGAAAUGAGUUUUUGGACCUUUUGUCCCCGGCAAUUAAUAAGAUAGGAAGUUUGGUCCCCAGCAUAUUUUGAUCAUAGUACAUUUGGUUAUCAGAUUUUUUAAAUUAUUAUUAUAUUUAUUAAUUUAUUCAAAAAGUUCAUUAUUUCACUAACAAUUAAUACAUUUAUUUUUAAUAAACAAUUAUUUAAAUGACAAAACUACAAAUACAAGUAUCAUACAAUAAAAUUAUAUACCGAAUUAUUUAUUUUUAGGUCAACUGACUUAAUGGUUUUUAAAUAAUAUAAAAACAUUUCAUCAUCAUUAUUAUGUUUAAAUACUGUAUGUCAGUUCAAUAUGAUUGUAAUUUCUUUUCCUUUAAACUAAUUGUUUUCGGCACCUUUAUUAUUUAAUUUUUUUUUUGUACCAAUGCAGUCUUUGCAGACUCAUUGUAUAUCUGUAAUAAUUUGAUAAAUAUGUAUAUGCGUUAAGAUGUAUAAUUUUUACAAUAUUUUAAAUUUAUUAUUGAAUCAUUUUUACACGUUAUUGGUCCAACUAUAGCCGUCUGUGACAUUGUAAAUACUCCACAUGUAUAGUGAAAAUAUUGGUGGAUAUUGUAUAAAAUAUGUUGUACUGUACUCAGUUGUUAUGAACUUGUAUGUCUUGUUAAUGUAAGUUAAAUCUAAAUAUCCUCUAAUUCCAACAAAGAUUUAAAAGAAUUGAAUAGUAGUGACAUUUCAAAAAAAUGUUUGAAUACCCAAAGAUUACAUAAUCCAAAUUUUAAAGUAGGUACAUUAAAACAAAUUAUAAAUUACCUUUUUUUCACAAUAUUUGUCAGAAGAAAUGCUAAGGCUGGAAUCUUUUAUGAGCACCAAAUUUCAAAACUGUUCCUAGUUAUUUUAUUGUAACUGUUCCAUUGUACAAGUCUUUGAGAACACAUUUAAUUUCACUUUUUUUUGUUCAUAAUAUGAAAAAUGAUUUUUAUUUAUUUAUUUUUAUUAUUAAACACUUCAUAUUUUUACUAUAUACGUACUACUAUACCAACAAAAUAUAACUCUGUAUAGUAUGUAGGAUUGUAGAAAUAGUAAGUACAAAAAUAUUUUAUCAAAUCGGUUUAUCUUAAUAACUUUUAAUAUACCUACUAAAUAUUAUAUAAGUACCUAUUUGAAAACCCCUUCAUUUAAUGUAUUAAUAUAAAUUUAGAAUUUCAUCUCACAAACCUGUUUGGCUGUUUAGUAUAUGUCAAACUCUUUAUAACUUAAUCUUUAGCCUAUAUAGGUAGUUACAACAAAAUGUUUGAAUACCCAAAGAUUAUAUUAUAGUUGUAUUAGACAUUUAGUUCAUUUUUAAAACAAUUUUUUUUUUAUUAAAUUAAAUUGUUAGUCAAAAACAAAUGUAUUAAUUUAUUGUUAAUAAAAUAAAGAACUUGAAAAAAUCAAUAUAUAAUAAUGACUUAAAAAACCUGUUUAAAUAUCCUAUAAUCAAAAUAUACCAGGGACUAAACGUCCUAUGGCUAAUAGCUAAUAACUCCUUAUGACCAAAUGUCUCUAUCUUAAUAAUUUCCGGGGACAAAAUGUUAAUAAACUAAUUUUUUGAUGGGGACGAAACAUUUGUUUCCCACUUCUAUGAAAUUCAAUGCUAUCUGCUUUGAUUGUAUCAUUAGUAAAGAGUGGAUGUUCAUGCAUUUGUAUAUUUUUUUUCUUUAAUAAUAAAAGUUGCAGAAUAGGAUAGAAAUUGUUUUUUUAUCUAUAGAAGACUAAAGCAAAAUUGUUAUAUUGUAUAUAUUUCCAUAUUUUGAUCCAUUUUUCUUUCAAAGCAUAUUUAUAUUUUAUUAAUGCGUAAUAAUACAUAUUUGGUAUCUUUAGAUUUUACUUGACAUCUAAUAUUGAAUUAUUUUCUAUUUCGGUUACUAUUUUAGAAAUUUUAUUUUUAUCGAUUAGAAAUACCUGAUAGGCAAUGGCUAAUAGGUACCUAUGAGUACUCUGAAUUACCGUGACAGUUUAUUGUUGUCCAUAAACCGAUUCGUGACUUCCAGGUACUUUCAUUUAGUAGUUUUUGCGAGAAGUUACUUUUUCGUAUUUUAUAAAUAUUUAUCAAUUUUUUUUUAAAAAAUUCAUUAGUGGCGCAAAUAUGAUCAUUUAUUUAUGAAUUUAGUUAACAAGUUUUUUCAACCAACGGAAAGAUUUUGUUUUGUAAACCAUUUGGGAUAAAAAUCAAUAUAAUGAUGUUUUUGCGCAUAUUUUUACAUUUUUUUAGGCAUAUAAUAACGUUUUAUUAAGCAUAUAUUAAAGUUUUUUGAAGCAUAAACAUCCACCCUUCAAUCAUUAGUAAGAUUGAAUUAGUACUAUGAUAUUUGUAACUUGUAUUGAAUUUUAAAAUUCAGAGUAAUAUAUUUGGGUUAUUUAGUCGAAAUUAUUGUAUUAACUCUGCACCCUACAAGCUUACCAAAUUAUCUUGUCUUAUUUGUCUUAUUGUAAUAUUAGGCUCAUUAUAACAUUUUUUUCCCCCUCUAAUAGGUGUUAAAUAAUCACUAAUCAUUGUUAUUAUUAACACCUUAGUUAUCUACAUACAAUUUCAGGCCUUCAGAAACUUGAUAUGUCAACUGCUGUAUUUAUUAGCUGUAACCAUAGACUUAUAAUAUAUAAUAUAUUAUGAGUCUAUAGCUGUAAUUAAUAACAAAUUAACAAAAUUAAAAUUUUUAUUUCCAUUUUUCUUAUGAUUUUUCUUCAUAAUUAGUUCAAUGUAUAUUCCAAAUCGUUUCAAUCACAAUAUAUUCGACACAUAUUUUAGGUUUGUUGAAUCAUUAUAUCACAAAAAUCCAUUUAUUCUCGCAGGAGAUUAUAAUUUACCUUCAGCUAAUUUCUCUAAUGCAGUAUCAUAUUUUAACAGUAAAUUAUCUUAUCUCAAUUUUUCCUAGUUUAAUAUAAAAAAUAAUAAAGAUGUAAUACUUAAUCUCAUUAUUUUCAACUCUUACCUCAACCUUAUAGAAAAUAUUUGUAGUCUUAUUGUUCCUAUCGAUCCACUGCAUCCCCUCAUAAAUGUACAUUUUAAAGUUAUUCAAAAUGAAAUAUUACCAUUGCAAUUGUUACAUCAGUUAAUGAUAAAAUUAUUAAUUGGAAUUCUGGUGAUUAUAUCUCUAUUAUAAAUAAUUUAGGUUCUAUAGCAUGGAAAAAACAUUUUUAAGAUAAUAAUAUCAAUGAUAAUCUAAAAUUAAUUUUAUUUAUUUAUUCAAUACAAAUGAACUGUUCUUAAGUUUACUAAUUCAUAUGAGAUUUAUUGGCAUUGCACUAUUUGUUUGAUCCCUAGUAGUACUUAUUUCAUACUACUUAUAGACAAUUUAAAUACAUCUACUAAUACUUAAUUUUCUAAUUCCUAUUCAAACAACUAAAAAGUAGAUGUGCGUUGAACAUUGGAAUGACCAAUAUUUACAAUAUAAUAACAGUUUAUAUUAUAUAAGUAGUGCAUAUUCUAGUGUCUAGUUAUUCUACAUCAAUAAAUUAAAUUAAGUCAGUGUGGGCAUAAAUAAAUAUAUAAUUAUUAUAUUAAUAUAAUAUUAUAAUUAUAAUAUAAUAUACCUGUGACUUUGAACACUGAACAGUGUGAACAAAUCACACUAAUUAUCAUACCUCAUGUUAUCAAUAUUAGGUAGGUACCUAAUCACAGUCUGGUUAUUUUCAAAUUGUGAACUGUAGUAACAGCUAGAAUCUAUACAGUUUUCGCGAUUGAAAGGAAUUAUAAGUAGCGCUCUAGUCGACACUAAUGAUAACGGGAAAAUAAGCACUAUAAUAGCAUUGAAAUAAUAGUAAUUUGGCCUAAAUGAUAUAUUACUAGUUUUUUUAAAAUUUCCUUAUGAUAACUAAUUUUUUUUACAAUUUGUAGUAAUAAAAGUUUGUAAAUUUGUUUAAACAUUUUAUAAUAGAAAUUGUCGACAUAAUUCAAUAUAUGUAUGAUUUUAGAAGACCUUUUGUCGAAGGUUCAGAAAUAGUUAAAUACAACCAUAUUAUUGAAAUAAGUUAAGGAGGAAAAAAGACGUCCUAGGAUAAUAGGGACGAGUGCAGUCACUGUUAUAGGUAAUCUAACGUAUACCUAUGAGCAAUGUAUAUAAUAUGUCUUAUACUAGUAAAAUAUUUAAAUAGACUUUAUAUAUUUUCUUUAAUAUUUGUUUGAUGUUUUCCGGUUUUUCACAUUUGCUGGGAAAAUCGGAAAAUGACCUGUUAAAAGUACUUCCCUAAUCAAAUUUCUUUUAGUAAAAAUGUUAUUAUUGUAAAUAGGGGGCAAAAUUGCUGGUCGAAAAGUUGUGCACAAAAAAAAUCUUAAUAUUUUAGUAAUAUAUUUCGUAUGUUUUCCCCAGUUUUUUUCUUUCGGUUUUUCAUGUUUGAUGAGAAAACUCUUGAGAUAAUCAAUAAAUGAUAAAAAAAAAAAAAUAAAAAAUAAACAUCUUUGUAAAAUCUAAAAUGAUAUAUUUAUUAAGAUUUUAAGACUAUGUUUGCAAACCAGUGAUCACGGUAAACCUCAAGAAUAGGUAGGUACAUUUUAAACACUGUACCUAUUAUAUAUUAUAUAUUAUGUAAGUUUAAUAUUAGUUUAUAUUUAAUUUAUACAGCUAGUAUAAUAAUUAUGGUCAUCCAUAAUAUCAACAAAUAAAGCUAUAUUUAUGAUUAUUACUUAGAAGUUCAGAAGUCAGUAGUCAGUAUGUAAUGUCUCAAUAUAUAACGUAAUCAAACGUACAUCUUCCUUCUUAGAGCAGUUCUAAUUCCACCAGGUAGCGACUCUUGCUUUCAAUCGCUAAUACGGUCACAGUUCAAAUUACAAUUCAAAAAUGACACAAACUACUUUAUUAAAUUAUAAAUACAAUGUUACUAAUUUAUUUUUUGAACUGUGAACUGUUAAGUUAUAGGUACUGAAACAGUUCAAAAUAGUUCAUCAAAAUGAAUAGUUCAAACAGACUUAACAUCUUUAAUCCCUAAAUUAAAUAUAUAUAAUAUCAAAUACCCUAUUUGGAUCAGUAAGGAAUUAAUUUACACAAUAAAACAAAAGAAAUAUGCUCAUGAUUAAUGCAAAAUAUCAAACAAUUUAAAGUUAUACAUUGAAUUCUCCUAAAAAUAACUCAAAAUACUUUUAGAAAUUUUUGAAUACCGGAAAGUUGACUUCUUAUUUAUCUAACUCAAUGUCUUAUCUAAAAAAAAGAAGUUUAAAAUAGGAAUAAUAUUGUUAACCUAUUUAAAUCAUAUUUUUCUAAUACAUAAAAUCCAAAUACAAUGAAUUUACCAAACAUAGAAUAUACCACAAGCAUCCUUGGCCCUAUUUAUUAAAUUCAAUUGAACUAUUUUAUUUCAAAAUGAACUCAAAAUUCUAGACAUAAACAACUUUUCUAUACAUCAACUAAAUAUAAAUAUAUAUUCUUCUUUUUCUAAUAUUAUAAUGUCUAUAGAAAAUUCUGUAAAUAAGUAGAUUUAUUUCACUCUUCACUUAAUGAUCUUUCUCCAUGUAUUCAUUAUCUUUUUCUUUACAUACACGGUUUAUGUACAUGCACCUGAUUUGUAUUUUUUUUUUUUCUUAACUGUCUUAUAUAUUUAAAAUUUAAUUCAAAUAUAUUCUAUAAUAAAUAAUAAACAAUAAAUAUUAAUAAUGUCUGAAAGUUUUUUGAUAAAGACAAAAAAGAUUUCAACCCUACCAAUAAUCAUUGACAGGUAUUAUAGUUUGAAAUAAAUUAUUUUCAUUUGUUAGGUGCAUGUUUUAUUUUUAUUUUAAUAUCAAUGUACAUUUAUCAUCAAAUAGUUGUAGUUACUUAAUAUUCUUUAUUGUGAAAGUGUUAAAAAUCUAAUUAUAAAAAACAACAUUACAUCAAUUAUUGGCAAUUGUAUAUCAAUUUUAUUUAUUUACUAUUUAAGUAGACUUGUUAAUAUUUUUCAGAUUUAAAUAGAAAGUAAAUAAAACUACUGUUUGUUUUGAUUUUAAUAAUUAUGGAUAAUAACAAAUGUCUUCAACUUAAUGAAAAUCCAAUUCAGUUUGAUCCUGCAAGUGUUAGCAAAACCACAAAUGUGUUCUACGAUGAGAUAACUGAACAGGUAAAUUUAAUUUACUUAUAAAUUUUAAUUUAAAUAUUCUCUUCUUCAUACAAUGGCCAAUUUUGAGUUUAGAUAAUCACUGUUCACUCUGGAGAGAUGACAGAAAUUAUUAUCACAUCUAGUAGUUGUUGUAAAGAAAAUAUGAUAUUUAAGUUAGAAGAUCGAGGACCAGUCUCAUCAAUAAAAAUGUCUUUGGACUGCAAAAUUUUAACAAUGAUGAGAACAUCAUUAUCUGUAGUAAGUUUAAAUACUUGGUUUUGUUUAUAAACUAAAAUUAUAUUACUUUUAUCUAGAAUUAAUUCAGUGCUAAAAAUAAUGUCUCAAAAACAUUUUACACUUAAAAAAUAUUUUAAGUGUAUUUAAUAUAAAUAUUUUAUUUUAUAUUAAUAAUAUUUUAAUUAAUUAUAUUUUUAUACUGUAUCAAUGGGGCACAGAUUUAUAUUGUCAAAAAAAGCACUUAAAAAUAUUUAAAAAAAAAAAAACAAAAGUGGUAGACGAGUUUUAAAGUCCCUACUCUGACUGUUUUCACCCCAUUAAAUACAUUAUCUAACACUGACAAAUGAUUAACUUAAGGUAUUUAUAACACAUAAUAAUUUAUUUGAAAAUUAUUUCUUUAAAAUAUACAUUUUUUUAGUAUUAAUAAUUAUUUUCCAUAAAUUAAAAACAAUAGAGGGAAAAACUUUUAAACUCCUAUAUCUUUAUUAAUUGAUUUUUAGAGCUUUUUUAAUGUUUAUAUGUGCUUUUUUGUGAAUUUUAAAUGCAUAUAAAUUCAUGCCUUUUAUAUCAAUAUUUUAUUUAUUGAUUCGCCAAAUGUAUUUAGUUUAAAAAUUUUAAGUUUUUAAAAUACAGUAAUGAACUAAUACAUACAGUUAAAUGUUUUAGUAGACAAAUAAUAAUAUCCAUAAUAAUGCAUAUUUAUUGUGGUAUAUAAUAUAUAUUAUUGAAAUGAUUAUACAUUUUUAUUGUGUAUAAUUCUUUAUAAUUUAAUUUAAAUUUUCAGGAACUAAUGGAUAUUAAAGAUAAUUCUUUGCAGAGCCCUUAUUUUUUGUACUGCAAGUUCAAAAAUGCUAAAUUAUUGGGAUUUAUUUGGACUGGUAAUAAUGAAAUAUUAUUAAUUAGUGAUAAAGGUGUAGAACUAUAUCAGGUAAAAUAAUAUAAGUUUCUUUAAUACUUGGAUGUAUACAAAUUUACAUAUUAUAUACUAUAUAUUUUGUUAUUAUAUAAUUUCAUUUAUGUUUAGGUCGAGGGUCAAAGGCCUAAGCAACGUAUAAUUUUUUCAAAAUCUAUAAACAUACAUGUAAACUGGUUUAUUUACUCAAAUCAUACCAAAAUUUUACUAUUGUCAAUCAAUUCCUUUGGAGAUUUUCAACCACUCCACAUCACACCAGGAAAUAUAACUAAAUUAACUAAAUUAGAAGGUAAUAAGAUUGUAGUUAUUGAAUAAUUUUAGUAUUCAGUAACAAUAAAUUAACUAUUUUAUUUGUAUGUAGUUGAUUUAAAUAUUUCUUCUAAUAUACCACAUCAAUCAAUUAGUGAACGAAAUAUUAUAUUAACACCUGUGUACAACAUACUAAGAAUAUUAGUUUUACCAACAAGUCAUAGCCAAAAUGAAAUAAUAGUCUUUACAUUAAACAAGUAUUGUGUAUUAUUAGAUUAUUAAUAUACAUUUAUAAAAUCAAAAUAAUAUCAUCAUACUUAUGUAAAUAUUACAGAAUGAUGGCAUUUAAAAAAUCUCAUAUUCUAAAACUAACACAUAUUGGGAAAUUGUUGAUUAAUAUUGUUGAUAAUUUAAUUGUUGUUCAUUACCAACAUACCAAAGUAUAUAUUUUUAAAACAAAUUUAUACAUUUUGUUAUUUCAUUCUUUUAUAUUUAUAUAUUUAUGUAUUUUUUUUUUUAGUCUUCUUCUGUAUUUGACAUAUACAUGGAAGCUGCAAAAGAAGAUAAUAUAUCACAAUAUUUGCCUAUUUUAGAUGAUUUAUCAAUUCAAAGAACUGUUACUAAAGAAGGAGGAUCAAAUUAUAUGUGUGAUCUAUGUAUCCUUUUUAUAUUUAAAGUUAAAAUUUAAACAACUGAGUAUAUUAAACAUUUGAAAAUUUUAGUAUAUUUUCUAUUUUAUAAAUAGAAAACUCAGUAUGUUAAAAUGAAAUAAAAAAUAAUUCAAUUCUAUCCUAAAAAAAAAAGCAAAACAUGCAAAAUUAAUAAAAUAAUUUAAAAUAAAAGGUAACUAAUUUUAAUAAAUGACAUGGGGUAGUAUGUUCAAAAAUUAGUUGAUUAUACACGAACAUAAUUUUUUUUUGUACACCUCUACUAUUUUAUCAUUCUAGAACGAGGGAGGAUGUAUAAUAUUGACACAACAUUUUUUUUGAGGAUAUUUUAAAUUUAUUGUUGUUUCAUAAAAGCAUUACUUUUUCGAUUAUCAGACCCAUAACCCUAAAUCCAAACUAAAUGAAUUAUUAUUGUUAUCAAAAUAUUAUUUUUUUUGGCUUAGUAAAACUCCUCUACUUUUAUUUUCCCAAUUUGUGUACUAAUGAAGAUCUAUAUCUUAGAUUAUAUAUUAAAAAUGAAAACAACCAAUUUUACCAUAAUAUUUAUUUAUUUUCCUAUCAAAAUAUCAUUAAAUGUUCUGUUAAUAAAUUUACAUAUUAGGUAAAAAAAAAUUAAAACUUAAAUAAUUUAAUCACACAACUAUUGUAUGAUAUUCCUCAGAGAAAUUCAAUAAUAAUGAAUUUUAAUUCUUUGUUCCUGUUUUGCCUUGAAAGAUUUGAUCUAUUGGAUUCUGAAUUGUUUGGAACUGCCUCAUUAAUUUGUAACCUCCUGGUUGUUUGAAUACUAAUCUGUAGACAUUUUUGAAUAAUUUGGUUAGCUCAUUAAUUAAAUAUUUACAUGUAUAUAUAGUAUACAUACAUAAUUAAAUACAUUCAUAGUCUGUUAAUAAUUAAUUAUUAAUUAUGUUAUGGUUAUUACCAUGGUUUAGAAAUAUUUAUUUUGGCAAACUUGCAUCAACUAUUAAAGCAGCUAGUGACCAAGAUUUGAAAUAGAAGAUGUUAUUGAGGUUCAUUAUGUAGUCUCAUGUAGCUGGUUUACUAUAAAUGUAAAUAUUCUUAAAGUGUUUUCUUUUGUUGUCGCUAAAUAAUAAUUUUAAAAUUUUCUAAUCUUCAAUUACCUUUGAAAUAUUAAUUUUAAAAAAUAUGUAGGCUAAAUAAGAGUCAUUAUGAGUAUAAAAUAUAAUAAUAUAUUUUAAGUUUCAAAUAUCCAUGAAUAGUAUUUUUAAACUAAAAUUCUUAUUCUUUGGUUUAAUAUCCAAUUUCGGAAAUGCUUAAAAUGUCUAUAAAAUAAAAAUUUGUACAAUUUUUAGAUUCUUUGGUAACAGUAUAGAAUGAUAAUGAGGAAACUUAUAUUUCAUUUUCAAGCUUUCUGACUUGAUAAAAAACAGUCUAAAAAAAUAAGUGAUAUAUUUUGAACAAUGGAUGGGCCACUGUUAUAGGUGAGAAGUUAGGAAGUAGGAUGUAGAGGGUAAUUUAAUAUAUAUCUGUGCACAAAGAUUAAUAAUCUGAGCUGAGUUCGGUUAUUAGUGUUGUUUUGUAAAUUUGAUUUGUACUUUAUUUUGAUCUGUCAAAAAAUAUGGUAAUAAAAUUCUUAUAAAAAAAACUAAUGCUUAAACCUCUAAAUUAAAUUUUAUUGUUUUAAUAAGGAUUGAAAUGAAAUGUUUACAGAAUGACAUACUGUUUGGAUAUGAAUAUUAUGAACUUCUUUCAGUUAUUCAACUAAUAGAAUAUUAAGUUAAUAUUGAAAUUAAAUAAACUCCAAUUGAAAUUAAUUUAAUUUAUUAUUGUUAUUAUUAAUUUUCUUAUUCUAUUGUCAGGAAAGAUAUAAUGAGCUUAUGAUAACUGAAUUAGCCAUGAUACUUUUAUUUACAUUGUAUGUAUGUGUGUGUGUUAGCGGUGGAAAAAAUCCGAAUUUUGAAUAGUUCAAGAAUCUGAAUUCUUGAAUUUUAAUCUUGACAGAUUUAAUUUGCUCAAGAUACAUUAUUAUCUGAAUUCACAUAAGUAAUGUAUAUAUUUUUGUAAUCAAGGAGUAACCUUCAUAACAUGUUAAAAGUAAAAAUUUUAAAUGACCAGAAUAUAUCAAUGAUUGCAUUCAUAGAUAUAAAAGAGGGGUUCGACUUGCACCUAUAUUAAAAAUUUCUCAAAAUGAUUUUCUGAUUACAUUCACUCGCAGUGUCACUAAUGUAUGUGAAACAACAUGUGUAUUAACAACUGAUCAUGGAAUUUUCUUUACAUCCAGCCUAGAAAUUUUACUCCCAGCGUAUAUUAAUAAGUUAACUUCAAAAACAUAUAUAUCAUUACACUCAACUUUUUUUAGUUGACCACUAAGUAUAACUUAUAAUGAAUCUCAUAUCAAAUUGUCAAGCAUUUCUAAUUAGGUCUAACAAUGUUAUCGGCAGAAUACCCAACAAAUAUAUAAUUGACAUGGAAAACUAUUAUAACUAAAUAGCUCAAAAAUUGUUCAAAUGUUUUAAAAAUGUUACCACUUCCAUAAAAGUCAAGUAUGACGAAAAUCCCUUGGAAAAUCAAAAAGUAAAAUCACUAAAGUAUGACCCUGAUAAAAUUUCCUUUAAGUAAAGGUACUAUUACUUGAAAAUUAGAAGGAAAUUUUUGUUUGAAAAAAAAAAAAGAUAAGAAACUUUGUAAAACUAAUACAUUCCAGCUUUACAUAUAAAUCUAUGAUUAUUGUAACAUUUUUUUUUUUUUAAAUACAUACAGUGAGUGUAAAAAGUACACCUUACAUUUUAAAAUAAUUAUACAUUUUUCUCCGUGAUAUCUUAAUUUUCUCGAUAAAUUAACACAUGUGCAUAUUAUUCUUUUAUGAUUUUUAAUUAUAUUAAAAAAAAAAAACCGUGGUAACAGUUUUAUUAAUAAAAAUAUUCAAUAGUAAACAAAACAAUAAAUAUUUGUACACCUAAGUAUUUUAUCAAAAAAAAUGCCUCUAAUUCAUUGUUUAGCCCCAUUUAAUACUUUGUAGGGUACCCUUUGGACUGUAUAAUAGCCUCCUAAAAGUUAGACAUUGAAUUAACCAGGUUGUUUCUAUUGUGAUUUUAUUCGAUUUCUCUUUUAGAGCUUUUUUUAGAGUUCUCUUGCUUGAAAUAUUGUGAUUUCAAAUUUUUCUGUCCAAAUAAUCCCAUAAAUUCCUUAUAGGUUUAAUGUCUGGAAACUGGUAGUGUAACGAGAUAUUCAGUUAGGUAUAUUUUUAGACAACUAAGCCUCAAUUUUUUUUGCAGUUUUCCUGGGAUCAUUAUCUUGUGUUAAUAUAAAAUCAUCUUUGAUUCACAUUUUUUCAGCACUGUCUUCAAGAUUUUUCUUCAAAAUAUUUAAAUAAAUAUCUUGGUUCAUAAUUCCUUUAAUAAAAUGCAAGUUUCCAACACCCUGAGCACUCAUACAUCCCCAAACCAUUGCAGAAUCUCCAUACUUUACUGUAGACUGUAAAUUCAUUGGUUCUAUUUCUGUAUUUACUUUUCUCCAUACAAAACAUCUUCCAUUGGCGCCAAAAAUAUUAAAUUUACUUUCAUCUAUAAGUAUAACUUUGUUUCAAAAGUUAAUGGAGUAAUGUAAGUUAUUAUUUGCAAAAUCAAAUCUCUUUUGUUUAUGGUAAUUAUUAUUUUUUAAACAAUUUCUAAUUUACUAUACUUGCACAGACACUACUCCAGAAAAAUUUGCAAGAUCUUGUGUUAUUUUAGGAGCGCUAAUUUUUGAAUUAAGCUUGACUUUUUGUGUAAUUACAUUUAUCUUGGUCAGAAAGUUUUUUCAGACGACCAGAUUGUCGCUUAUUUUCGUGACUUUUCCACUCAAUGUAUUGAUUUAUCUAAUCUUUCACAGUACUAUGAGUUCUGUUGACAAUUUUUGAUACUUGGCAUACUGAUUGACAUUGAUUAUGCAAUUGAAAAAUUAGUUCACAUUCAGUUUUGUCUCACUUUUUUUUUUUGACUCAUCUUGUGAUAGAUUUUAUUUCCACAAUAUUUCAAAGCUAACUGAAUUGGGAUAAUCUUUUAAUGUGACAAUUUGUUUAUCUUAUCAGUUUCUAAUAACAUUAUAUUGUGAGUAAACAGGCCAUUCCAUAACUAAAAUAAAAGUAUACGAAUAUUUAUUGUUACUAUUUCAUAUUUCAUAUUUUUUUUUUUUUUUUGUAUAUUUACUGGAAGAAAAAUAAGUGCAUGUAAAUGCCAACAAAAUAAAUUAAAUUCAUGCUCUUCCAUAUACUUUUCAGAUAGUUCUUUUUUUUGAUUAUGGUACCAGAUAUUUUAGUCAAAGUAAAAAACAAGCAGAAUGGAUUAUUAUUUUUGUUUAGCUUCAUUUUUCAAUAAUUUUGAACAUGCAUCCUUUCUAACCUAUAAUCUUUCAUAUGCUUGAUGUUCAAACAUAAAGCAUCCAAACACAUACCAUCUUAAUAAAUACUAUUAAUUUUUUUUAAAAAAUUUAAACAAAAUUUUAACAUUUAUAUAAUAUAAAUCAAAUCUAAAUACAUGAUAUAGAAUAAUAUUAAUUAAAAAUUAUGCUAAUGUUUCUUUAAUGAUCACAAUUAUAGAUUCCAGCAUUUGUAUUUCAUUUCAACCAAACAUAAUAAUAGAUGCUAAAUUAGGUUAUUUAUGGUAGGUACUUGUGGUAUAAUGUAAUUGAUUAUAAUUUUUCAAUUCUGAUUUAAUAAUUUGAAUUUUCAGGCAUUUGAAACUAAACUUAACUGCUGUAUCCAAGAUAAUUAGAAAUAAAUGUUCACUUAUUGAUUUUCUUCUUUUACGACCGAAAUCAAAAGAUGCCACUAUGCAGGUAUUAUUAUGAUUAAUAUUAACAUAUUUAUAAUUGUAGUCAUUUACGUAGCACAUAUAAUAAUAUAUAUAUAUUAAUAAUCAUUAAUGUGAUUGUUAUCUAGGCUUUGCAAAAUAUGAUAGUGCACAAAAGCAGUGAUUUAAUUGAAAUUGGAAAUGUUUUUGACCAUUUGAAUAUUGUUUACAAGAAACAUCUUAAUUAUCAUAUCAUGAACUCUACUCCUUUAUCAAAUGAUUAUAUGAUUGUUGCUGAUUCAUUACGAUGUAAAGUGGUGAUAGAACAGUUGGAUGUUUACAAGCAUGUCUUUGUUAAACUAGUUGAUCAAUUAGAAAAUACCAAAGGUAUAUAUUCAAUUAAAUAUUUGUCUACAAGUGAGAUAUGAUGUAUUUAUGUAUUUAUAAAAAUAAAAGCAAGGAUAAGAUAAGAUGACUUUACUUGCAUUAGGAGUUAUUUCUCAUUAAAGAAAUAAUUAAAAUAAAAUGGGUUUUUGUUUUAGUAUUUUUAUUUUUUAGAUCCACUUUAA